CUUGAAGUGUUUAUUGGACUGAUUAUUGCCAUAUCAUGUUGUGGCAGAUUAUGAAGCAGAAGAGGAUGAUAGGAUACUUGAUUCUGAUACAACUGGCCAGAUGCUUUCGAGGUCCCAACAGUGGGAUAAUAAUAUUGCUGCUAAAAUUGCUAAAUUUACUACAACUUUUGAGAAGCAAACACUUGCCUUCAACAUAAUAUCGCAGAAGAGAAGUUUGGGGGAAUUUCGGUCCGAGGAGAGACUGAUGAUUGAACAGGCACUUCUUCAAGAGAAAAAACGGGCUCUGAUAGACUUAAGAGCUGAAUUAGAAUCCAGGGAGAAAGCUGGUCGUGAAGCCCACGAGGCUAAACUACGAAUGGCUGCAAUGUAUCAAGCUGAGCAGCAGGCAAGGGCUGAUUCACAAUCUCAUGCUGAAAUGAUGUCUCGAGCCCCCAUAAGAGGGAGUGCACUUGGUUCCCAAGGCAGUGACGUGAUUGGUGGCCAUGACCUAGGAGAUCAGGAUCACAGUGAAAUGAUGAAUGGGUGGGGAAACAAUGCACAGAGAGAUGAGAAGGAGCCGUCUGAGGAUUUCUUGAAUGACGAAGCUGAGAAUGGUGAAACUGGCACGCCCGAUGGCUGGCGUGAGGUUGCUGAAUUUGAUUUAAAUGCUAGGUGAGAUGUUUGAAUAAAACCAUUUGAGAUAGUUUUAAUUAUGUGUAAGGAUAGCUAUCCAUUUCAAAAAAGCAUUUUCCUAUGUAUGUAUCUACAAGUUAAUAUUCUCGAGAUUACUGUUUUCUCAAAUUUACAGGGGCUGAAACAAGAAAACUAUUGAACAAGUAUUAGAUUGGAUGAA